AGGGGACGGGCGGGGCGGGCGCUAUGGCGGCCGUUCCCUGGGCACUCGGGAUGCUUAUUAGCAGGCUUCCAGAGCAAUAAAACCGGGAUUUCACCUCACGGACGGCUCCUUUUCCUCACAGGACAGGCUGCGGGAGCUGCCCCACUCCUCUUCACGGUGGAAGCAGCAUGGAGGGGCGAAGGGUGAGGGGGGUGUUCCCGCCGCCCGCGGGGGACCCGGCUCCCCGGGGCGGGGAGAGGGCUCCUCCGGCGGGGAAUACCCUCUCCCGAGCCUGGAGGGCAGCGAUAGCGCCUCUGCCCCUCCAGGGCGCGGGGUGGGGAGGUCGCCACCCGCUUUCCCUCUCAGUCCCUCGGCCGCCCCGCCCCGGGCUCGCAGGUGUUGGACCGGGGUGGGCUGUCCCUGGCUCUGCCAUGGCGGGGGCUGCCAAGGACACCCCGCAGCGCCCGCAGGAGGAGGAACACAGGCUCUCGAUUUGUGGCAAAUUAUGCUAUGCAAUAGGAGGUGCCCCAAAUCAAGUGGCAGGAAGUGCUGCUGCUUUCUUCCUACAGAUCUACCUGCUGGAUAUAGCCCACAUUACUCCGUUUCAUGCCUCUCUGGUGCUGUUUAUUGGCAAAGCCUCAGGUGCAGUUACUGAUCCUGUUGCUGGCUUUUUUAUUAGCAAAAGUAGAUGGACAAAAAUUGGCCGGCUCAUGCCUUGGAUGCUGGCAUGUACACCCUUCACAGUAGUGUCCUAUUUUUUUAUGUGGUACCUGCCUCCUUUUGUAUCAGGAAGAGUUGCAUGGUACCUGACUUUCUACUGCCUUUUCCAAGCCCUGACCACAUUAUUCCAAGUACCAUAUUCUGCCCUCACCAUGUUUCUCAGCACGGACCAGAAGGAGAGAGAUUCUGCAACUGCGUACCGAAUGACCAUGGAAGUGCUUGGCACCUUGAUUGGAGCUGCGCUUCAGGGGCAGAUUGUGGCCAGUGCUCAUGUCUCUCAUCACUGCACUGUGACUCCCCCAGUAAAUACAACCGACUCCUGGUAUGAUGCUCCCAGCUUUCCAGACCCCUCAGACCCCCUCUCUCAUCAAGCAACAGUUUAUAUGAUUGCAGCAGGGGUCAUAGGAGGUGUGUAUCUUCUUGGAAUUGUCAUUCUUUUUCUCGGAGUAAAGGAAAAAGAUGAUCCUUAUGCCUUAAAUUCAGACAGAGCAAUUCCUUUUUGUAAGGGGCUUGGACUCACCAUGAAGCAUGGUCCAUAUGUGAAGCUUACAGCUUCAUUUCUUCUCAUCUCGACAGCAGUUCAGCUGGAGCAGAGCAACUUUGUCCUGUUCUGCACUCAUGCUGCUGGUCUUCGCAAUCACUUCCAGUAUUUGGUGGUGACCAUCUUGGUAUCAGCAGCUGUGAGCAUUCCUUUCUGGCAGAAGUUUCUGCAGCGAUUUGGCAAGAAGUGUGCAGCAUGUGGGAUUUCGUGGAUGAUUCCUUUUGCAGUCAUGCUGGUGACCAUCCCAAACCUGAUCCUGGCUUACGUUGUGGCCUUCGUCUCCGGUCUGAGCAUUGCAGCAUCUCUUCUGUUGCCAUGGUCGAUGCUGCCUGAUGUCGUUGAUAACUUUCGCCUGCAGAAUCCUCAUGGAAAAGGACACGAAACCAUUUUCUAUUCUUCUUACGUUUUCUUUACCAAGAUGUCAGCAGGAAUUGGCUUAGGAAUUUCUGCAGCAGGACUGGAGUUCACUGGCUACAAGCCAGGGAUAUGCAGACAAUCCGACGACGUGAUCCUCACGCUGAAGAUCCUCAUCGGAGCGGUCCCCGCUAUCCUCAUCCUUGGAGGUUUAUUUAUACUUCUUUUCUACCCAAUCACUGAAGAAAGUCGGAAAGAAACAAAGCUGGCGCUGGAAGCGUUAAGAAGGAGCCAUCAAAGCACAGAGAACCUGGAUGACCACAAAGAGGACACCUCGGUCUGAAAGCUCUGGAUUCAAUGACUUUCCAAUCCCACACGCAAACUCAGCGAGAGGCUUCCAGGUCAUUUCUCCGCUCGCGUUUUAUCGAAAAGGAUAAAGGAUGAUUCUGACAGAGUCAGGAAUGAGGUCAAGAGAGGACACCACUGGGCAAAAUGCACAUCUAACUCCAUGUGCUGUGCUAAAAAUGACAUUACAAAUGGCCAGGAAUGUGAGCGAUUGAAGGGUUGGGGCUUUUUUGUUUGUUUUUCAAUGAUUAACGGCAAGCCGUGGUCUCAUUGCAACAGGAGAUUCCAUGGACUUGUAGAUCAAGGGGAAAAAAGUGUAAAUGUGAUGCACAACCCAGAUUUGAACUCAUGUGAUAUAUUUCACCCUUACGGACUGGGGUGGAUUUUGGACAUAAUCUCUGCCUAUAAAUUGCACGUUCAUGUGUUUGGAAAGCACUUGGAAAUCCUGAAGUGAACUAUAUGAAGUUAGGAUUUACUUUCUUUUGAACUGAAGCAAAUCACAGAUGCAGACAUGUUUUGAAGAUUUUCUCAUGAAGAGGUUUUCUAAAAGAGAUUUUGGUGUAAAUGAACUUUAUAGAUUUUAUAUGAAGCAGAACCUUACAUUUCCCAUCACUGCAGUUCCUUGUUUCUGACACCUGUGAACUGAUCUUUGUCAGAGAAUGAGUACUUAACAUUUUCUAAAUCAACAUCCCCACUCAGGACACCCCAAAUCAGUAGUCCCUUCCAAAAAUUAGACUGUGCCAUUCAGAUUUCUGAACACAUUUUGUAGAUGAAAGACACACCUGACCUCAGUCACUUUCUGGAGCACUUAGGUUCCAACCUGGUCAUUCUGGGCUGGUUCUGUAGUCGGUGGAGAUACAGAGACCUCCAGAGAUGGUCCCCAAGCUUAAGUUAAAAUGAUGGGACUUGGAAGACCUAUCUAAAUCUGGAGGGGAGAGGGAUGAAUCCAAGAUCUGGAGGCUUCUUCACCUUGAAGAACUCAGCACAACGCAAGACAAGACAUGAAUUUGCAGCCCAGUGGCUUUGCUCUCUGACUGUGUGGGAGGGUGCCUUUAUUUUGCCCUGGAAGUGCCUUUGGAGGACUGGGCUGGGGCUGCCUGGGGGCACUUGCAGUAGGUGGCACUGGGGGCAGUGACCACAAGGCAUUUGCUCAGGGCCACCUGAAGGGACUCACUGCUGGGACCAGGAACUGAAUGAAAGGUGCUGUGAAGUAAACUCAGUGCAUCCACUGAGUGCUCUUUAAGUUAACACUGAAUUCUUUUCAGGCAACUUUGAAGUUAAGUUUGAAGGCCUAAGGAACUGUCCUAAUUCAGCAAAACCCUGAAUCAUGAGUGAGCUUUUAAGGCUGUAUUUUUGCGUGUGCUGGGGAGAGAGUUAACUCCGUUUAAGGCUUCUGAUGAAUUGACAUCUAAAGCUGGGGGGCUUUUUUUGUUUGUUUGUUUCGGUUCUAGGACAAACCAAGAUUUGUAUGCCUGGGGCAUAUGUGUUUACAGCAAUAAAAAGCAUGAGCCUGUUUACAAUGUUGAGUCUGAUGGCAUUGGAAAUAGCAGAUUUACUGCACUUUGAAGUAGGUAAAUCGUGCAGUAAUCUCACAUAGCUCCAAAACAUCACAGAAAAACAGGGGGGGUGUUUUGAUUUAUUCUGUAAUAUUUGCGUAUUUCUGAAUAGUGUUUGUUAAAAAUGACCAGAAGUCCCAGUAAAGGCUGUUAAUGUUUUUUAAUGGGUUAUGUUUUAAUAAAAAACAUUUUAAUAACCCAUAAAUCUGUGGCUGCAUGGCCAUGGGUCCCUGUCAGUUCAGAUCAACCGAAUACUCAGCCCACGCUAAAGGGGCUGCAGCACCUGCUGGCUGUGCUCCAUGGGCGGAGUUUGAAUGUGGCUUCAGAUGUUAUUCCUAAAUCACUGGGGCACUUGCCUCUAAAUUGCACAACACCCAACCCGGAUUCAGCCUCUCACGAGGUAAACUUGGUGGAUUGUAAAGUGUUUUCCUCUUCUCCAGAGAGCCAACGCGAUACCUGCCCCGCAGAGGUGUGCUGGGGCCUCGCUUUGCGUUUGGCGGCAAUAACGGAAACCCCCGAAAUAAAACAGAAAGCUUCUGCAGAUGCAAUGUAGCAGGGCAUUGUUGUAUUUUGAAAAUCUGCUAUUUUAUUUGAUUAUCGGAGUUGUACUUUUGUUAAGAAAGUGAAUGUAUUUUUGUAAAUAAAAAGACUGGAAGAGGAA